GCUGCCGAGGCAGUUUUCCAGAGCCCGGAUAGCUCGCCGUGAUCGUAUAGUGCUGAUGGUCCUGGAUGACUAUGCCGAUCCGUUUGACACCACACAAGAAGCUAGCGGUCAAACAGGGGAGCUGGAAAGGGAGAAAAGUGAAGGCUACAUAGAACCGUAUGAAGCACAGAGGUUGCUGGCGGAGAUUCAGAAGAAGGGCUCCAAGGAAGGGCCGCCGCCGGCCGCCACGCCUCUGCACCUGUACGAUGACGUUCCCUACGAAGCCCCCGGGGAGGGAGCAGAGCCAGAGGGCUGCUGCCCCCCCGGCGCCCGCUGCCGCUACUCCUGGCUGCCCGAGGAUGACGAGCGGCCUUCGGAGGAGUACGACCAGCCCUGGGAGUGGAAGAAGGAGCGCAUUUCCCGGGUCUUUGCAGUGGAGAUCGCGGGGAUCAAGGAUUUGCCGUGGCCCCCACCGGUCGGCCAGCUGGAGAGCUCUGCCGGCCGCGGGGAUGCCGAGGGGCCCCUCGCUCUCCAGGGCAGCGGCGUCAGAGGCUUGCCUGCCAACAGCCCACCAAGCCUCCGGAACAGCAGUGCCGGCCCCCCGGAUGCCACAGCUCCGUCCAGCCCCCCGGAAGCCGGUGGCAUGGAAGCGGCGGACCUCCAGCUGCCCUCCUGCCCGGAGAAGAGCGGCAGCCCGUGCUGGCUGAGCGUGGAGCAUGGGCUGGCCUUCGGGGAGCGCGUCAAUCCCAGCCUGCCGCUGGAGAGCCAGGCGUGGUAUCACGGGCGCCUGAGCCGGGUGGGCGCGGAGGGGCUGCUGCGGCUCUGCAGAGAAGCCAGCUACCUGGUGCGGAACAGCGAGAGCACCCGCGACGCCUUCUCGCUCUCCCUGCGGAGCAGCCAGGGCUUUCUCCACAUGCAGCUGCUGCGGACGGAGGACCACAAGUUCGUCCUGGGCCAGCACAGCCCCCCGUUCGACAACGUCCCCCAGGUCAUCCACCACUACGCCAAGCACCGGCUGCCCAUCCAGGGUGCGGAGCACAUGACCUUGCUGUACCCGGUCGCCACGCAGCCGUCCCCCUGCCUCGUGGCGGAGCAGUGACCCCGCGGGGAGGACCGGCCGCCUGGCAGCACGCCUGAGCGUGGCGGGGGGCCCGGGAUGUUUGGGCGCCUCCGGGCGGCAGUCCGGCCCGGAAGGAGGGUCAGCGUGGGGCACAGCUCGACCCUCUUGCAUGCUGGGUGCCGUCCGGGUGCAAGCGACCCCCUCGUUCGCGGCUUGGAGGCCUGGGGUCGCAAAGCCACGUGGUCCCAGGGGCUCAUUCGGGGCCGGUUCCCGCCGGCACGUUUCAUCUGGAUCGCGACAUGUGUGAUGCGAUGCACGUGUUUAGUCCGGGAAGCGUCAUCUUCUGGUUGCAUUGUAUUCUUUCACGGACGCAGUUUAUGGAUUUGAUGGAGGGCGUCCAAAGCAGGCGCGACCCGAAGGGGGGACUUGUGGGCCGGCGAGCCAACCACGGACCCUCUCUCCGUUUCUCUGCUUGCUGGGGAACUGUUACUUCCUGCCUGGCUACUUUUCCAGUUUCCUCUCUGCUCCCUCCUUCGCUCCCUCUUCGCUCCAUCUCUGUUGCAACUUCACACCUGGCCAAGCGGGGCUGAUGGUCUCCUCAGAGCUGGUUUAACAAGCUGCAGGUGUUGGGUGGAGCAGCUUUUGUGCAAGUGGGUGGGUUGACCGGCUGCUGCGCACCGGGAUGCACGCUUCACCUUGACUGUGGGAACAGCUCCGGCAAACCCCGGCCGUGUUUCUCUGGCGUGCAAGCGGACGGUGAAGUCCCGAAGGCUGGUGCCUGCUCACCCUCUCGCCACUGAGUUUUGGGAAGCAGGCAGACCCCAGAGCACCCAUCAGCCCCCGCCCAGGCAAAGGCUCAGUGGACCCCAGAGGCAAAGCGUAAGUGUUUAUGUGAAAGGUGGCAGGACCAUUCCUCUGGGCUCAGUCGGAGAGAGCACCUGCUUGGCCUGCCAGUCCCGGGCAUCUUGUCCCAAGCAGUCGGUGUGGAAGGCUGGGGAACACCAGCGGCCCACUGUGGCUGGAGUUGACCCUUCCAUUCCUGGGCUGGAUGGACCAAGCGCCUGCCCUUUCGUACGGCAGUUUCCUGUGUGAAGAUGGGGAGCAUCUGCAUGUGUCGGGCACUUUGUUAUGAAAUUACCGGGAUGCGUUGUGAAACCACGAUUUGCUAUGGGUUGGGUCGUCUUUGAUUUCUGGCUUCCUCGAGCGAAAGCAAAAUAAAUAAAUGGAAUGCCGUGA